AUGGCUAACAUAUGCAGAAAUUACAAUAUUCCUCUGCUGCCAUUGUUGAUAGCUUGUCUUUAUUUAAGCAAAGCCAUUGUUACAGCUGAACUUGUCCAAAUCUCCCAACCCAUUGCAGCUAACGAUGGCUCUGUAAAUUUUUUGGUUGUCGGAGAUUGGGGAAGAAAGGGAGCUUUUAAUCAAUCUGCCGUUGCCCAUGCGAUGGGAGAGAUAGGAGGGAAGCUAAAGAUUGAUUUUGUAGUGUCAACUGGUGACAACUUUUACACGGAUGGAUUAAGUGGUGUUAAUGAUCCUGCUUUUGCCCAAUCUUUUUCAAGAAUUUAUACUGCUAAAAGCUUACAAAUACCUUGGUAUUCUGUGCUUGGAAAUCACGACUACCAUGGAGAUUCGGAGGCGCAAUUGAGUCCUUUGCUUAAAAAGCGCGAUAGGAGAUGGAAUUGUCACAGAUCUUUUGAUGUUCGAGCAGGGUUUGUACACAUAUUCUUUUUGGAUACAACUCCAUUUGUGAACAAAUACUUCACAAACAGCACAGAUGAAAAGUUCAACUGGAAAAACAUCCCUAAUAGAGACAUAUAUCUCUCUAACGUUGUAAAGGAUCUAAAAACAUCCAUAAAAUCAUCAAAUGCCACCUGGAAAAUUGUGGUUGGUCAUCACCCCAUACGAAGUAUCGCAUUUCACGGAGAUACUACAGAACUUCUGCAUCAAAUCUUGCCAAUUCUGCAGGCAAACAAGAUUCCUAUGUACAUAAACGGGCACGACCACUGUCUUCAACACAUCAGCAAUAUCGGAACCCCCGUUGAAUUUUUGACUAGCGGAGGAGGGUCAAUGGCAUGGAGAAACCAAACGAAUUAUCAAAGAUACAAGAAAAAUACGAAAUUCUACUAUGAUGGGCAAGGUUUCGUUUCAGUUCAACUUACGAAGAGCGAAGCAAAUGUAGUCUUCUACGAUGUUCAUGGCAAAACCCUGCAUAGUUUUAAUCUCAAGGCAAAUACCGGAAACGCGUAUUAA